CUUCAAUUCCACGUACCCUGCCGAGCUCGAUUAGCAUGGUCCGUAUUCUCGCUGCUGCCCUCGCCGCCGGUGUCGUCGCCGGCCAGACCACGACGGCGCCUUCCGCCGCUGCCAACAAGUGGACCAUGACCACGAUCAACUCGGUGCAGGCGCGCGUCGUCUCGGACGCGGCGACGUGGGACGCGACCAACAAGAAGUUUGGCCUCGUCCUCAAGCAGAACACCAACACGUUCGAGGAGAAGUACCGCGCCGCCAUGGACACGGUCAACACGGCGUCCGUCGAAGGCGCGCUCUUCUACGUGCAGACCGAGGGCAUCAACAAGGCCGACUCGGUCAACUGCAUGCGCAAGACCAACAUGAGCUACGUCUGGUUCCUCAGCGUCACGAUCGUGCAGCCGACGUUCGCGAUCGCCGAGUACGCCGACAACUCGGGUGUCGUGCCCGAGUACGGCAAGUUCCUCGCCAUGGACAACGGCAUGUGCACGCCGCUCGACGCCAAGGGCACGCUGUCGCCCGAGUGCAUGACCAUCUCGGGCCUCAACUACAACAAGAACGUCGGCCCGUUCGUUGGCGGCGAGUCGCGCAAGGCCCACCAGUACGCCGCCUACGCCGACAACUACUGGUUCUCGUACCCCAACUCGUGCUACACGCGCAAGUUCGAGCAGAAGGACGAUGCGUGCCGCAAGAAGCAGCCCGGCGGUCUCUGCCCGCUCGGCACCAAGCCGGACGGUGUCACGUGCACGUACUCGUUCGAUAUCCUCGGCUACAUCCGCAUCGACGACCUCGUCGGCAUCACGAGCAUGAAGAACAGCCAGACGGGCCAGAACUACCGCGACCGCGUCGACUUUUGCAAGGACUCGAAGGUCGAGUACGACUUCGCCACCAAGACGUCGGACCUCACGUUCUGGGACAAGCCGCUCGAUGAGGAGGCCAACACGAACCGCACGACCGAGAUGUUGAAGCUCUACAACUCGCUCAUCAAAGAAGGCAAGGGCGACUACGCCCACAUGAAGCCGCUGCCGUCCGCCGAAGAGCUCGCCAAGACCAACCCGCCGUGCUGGAAGAACAGCCCCGUGUGCGCCAAGGCCCCUAACGGCUGCCGCCGCAAGCUGACGGCGCAGAUCUGCGAGGUCUGCUCGUCGCCCGCCGCCGACUGCAAGAAGCCGACGGCCUCGGAUGUCGUGCCGCCUGCCCUCACCAAGGCGGUCGAGCCCCCGCUCCCGACGGAUGCUGCCGGCAAGACGACGGUCCCGCGCAACCCGACCGGUGCGGGCGGCGCCGGUGGCGCUGCGACGCCUGGCGCUGCCAGCAGCGCGUCGUCGGUCGCCCUCACUGCGUCGGCGGCUGUCGUCAUGGCCGCGCUCCUCCGCUAAGCGCCUCGUUCCGCCAACGUAGUAGACAGAUUACAUACAUCCUCUCUAUAAGAACCCGACGCAAGCGAAGCCCGGUGUGCUAUUUCUCCGC